CUCGCUCUCGUCGCUCGUUCCUGUCGUUACGUCGGGUCGUCACGUUUUUGUGUGUCGCGUUUUCGCCUCUCAUAUACCUGUUGAGUUCCCGAAUUCCCGUUUGUUAUUUGAUGGUGUUUCUCGUGUGCAUUGCUUGCAACACUUUGGCUGAUUAUCGGCGUCUGCUGCCUAUAGCUUGUGUGCAAAAGGGGAAAAGAAGCGAGAAUAUAUACCUAUAUAGACAACGCAAAGCCGACGACACUGCAUCCUGGGAACGUCAAGGUGAGCGGCAGUAGCCGUGGGACUCAAGUGCAGCAUUGAUUUUUAUCGCGAUGAAGAUGAGCAAAGUGGGAAACCAAACAAACUCCCAAGAUCCACAGGCAGUCAACUCGCGAGUGUUUGUCGGGAACCUCAAUACGUUUCAAUGCAGCAAAACCGACGUGGAGAGGAUGUUCCAGCGAUACGGUCGUCUCGCAGGCAUUUCCAUGCAUAAAGGAUAUGCAUUCGUGCAGUUCACAAACCCGUUCGACGCCCGCAGUGCCUGCUUGGGAGAAGAUGGCCGAACGGUACUCAGUCAAAUUCUCGAUGUCAACAUGGUGGCAGAACCAAAACCUCAUCAAACUGGCCGUAAAAGACAAAAUAUGACGAAAACUGGGAAUGACUGGGACUACUAUUACGACAGUUACUGUGCUUCCACGGCGUUCCCGCCUCGCCUGGCACCACCACUCAAACGGCCUCGUCUCAUGCCACCUGCUCGCACUCAACAGCAGCAGCAGCAGCAACAGCAGCAACAGCAGCAGCAGCCACCGAAGCAACAGAAACUGACGAGCAAUGCCGCGCAGGACCUCAGUCAAUUAAAAGUUUACAGCAAUCCGGACAUACUAAUUUGCGGCAACUGCCGAGAAAUGUUCACGGAUCUGGGCGAGUUGCUGGAGCACAAACGGGAUUACUGCAAGCUGCGGUUCACAUGCAAGUGCCACACGUUCAACGGCGCCACACCAAGAAAUUCAGCGGCUUCUCUAUUAUGUAUUCUCUGCAAAGACUCCUUUUCGUCAGCCUGGGAAUUGAUGGUACACGCUCAGGCAGCGCACAUGAUCAACAUCUACGAGCUUGGCACCAAAUCAGACGCCAAAUAUUCGCAAAGUCAAAGUCAAAACAACAAGGAAUCGUCACAGUCACCAACACCGCAAGAUCAAGAAAAUAAAGAAGGCGAAGAGCAAGUAGAAGAAGACGAGGAGAUGGACGGCCACGUGUUGCUACCGUCACCGGACAGCGGCAAGUCAACCGACAACGAGAACGCCCCGUCCCCCAUUAAAAUACGAUCGGAGGCUAACGGCUCGGACCACGAUGACUGCUGCGACGAGAUGAUGCUCGUCGAGGACAGAUCCAACUCUCAGUGCUACUCCCGCCAUCCUAUCGCCAUUGAAUCGACAUUAGAGCUGAACGCCAGUAGUACAGCUAACACGCUGAGCAACGCAGCGAGUGGCGAAAGCGUGCUCACGGCCCUGACCAACGGCUCGAUCACAGCCAAGGAAUAAUCCUCUCAAUGCAGAAAAACGUACACCAAACUCAAUGAAGACAUAUCGAUUCACCUGUGUAACCCAGUGUGAGCUCAAACUCACACCACCUUUUUGUAUAUAGCUUCUUGCAAGAAUCCAAAAAAAAGGACAAAAACAAAGUUACAUUUACAGGUUUUCCGCGCGCUUCCAGUAUACUUUUACUGGUACGUUGAACUCGAUGAGGCAUUAAUUAUUCAUGAUGGAACUUAUUUUUAUGAAUUUCAAAAAUAAUUUUUAAUUGUAUUUCUCGGAAUCGUGAACGGAAGUUCGAUAACAAUGGAUAUUAAUUUAACUGGAGUAUUAUUUUUACAUGACAACAUGAAUAAAUGGUAUCGCACGGGUUUAUAAAUUAAAAUUUUAAAGAACAGCAUAUUUGAAAGAAGUAGCUAAAAAUUUUAUGAAAUUCAUUCUAGCGGUACGUCUAAUUCUUUGUCGCACAUUACAAAGAGAAAAGCGUACUCGCGGGAGAAUUCAUAUAAAAAACAAAACUCCUAAAAAAUUAAAGAGAGAAAACGGCGAUUUAAGGAAUCAGGUCACCGUCGACGAUGAUGCGUUUGUAAAUAUUAGACUGAGAGAGUGUGUGAGAGAAAGAAAAUAAAAGCGUAGAAUGAAGAAAUAAAUCAUAUUAACGAGGACGCUUCUGUAUCGUCCAUCUGCGUGAUCGAAUCAGCUUAUGUCGAAUUAACGUAUAACGGAUAAAAUUGCUUGCGUGGCAUGGACAUGAGAUGAUGGAAAAAAUAAUAUAAAUGCUAUCUCUUAAAGAUGAGAUCGGUGACAAAUCAAAAAAAUAAAAAAUAAAAAAAAAAUUCUCUAAUGAAAGUGUAAAAUAUAUGAACUUUCCAGUUUUAGCGUCGAGACAAACAAAAAAUUCCAUGUACUUUAAACUCAUUAACGAAAAAAGAAAAACUCCACAAAUCCGAUGAUAAAUGCUUUUGCAUAUUAAGCUUAAUCGAAGAAAAAGUGUGUAUAUAUAUAUUACGUCGGCUCGAGACAAAAAGAGGCUUGUGUAUUUUAAACAAAAAAAAUUGCUGUCAAUGGUUCUUCGUUCUAAACCAAAACAAACGAAAAGUCUUACCAUUAACUUGCUAACCGUUGGUAGAGUAACUCAGCGUAUGUCGAUCCGCGUUGUAUUUUUCGAGUUUCGAAUGAAGAGCAAAUAAAUAAAACAGAAAAAUUAAAUGAACAAAAAAAUGAAAUCUAGUCAAAAAAUUAUUAUUAAUAAAUGCACAGUUGACAAUUGUUUCUUGUUGUAAACUUAUUUCUUGUAAGCUUAUGUAUUUAGUUUUUUGAGCAACUAUAACGCAACAGAUAUAGUUUUCCUUUUGAGAAAUAUUUAUUUAUUGUAUAACGUUAAAAAUUAGAUAUUGAUUUAAGUUUUGUCGUAUAAUAUUUUAAUAAAAUGAGGCAGAGUUGUUUUUAAAAGAGAAACUUUAAUUAGUUUAUUAAGAACGCAUAUUAUUGUAACCAUGAAUAAUUAUUAUUGUAUACCUUUUAAA